GGCGGCUGGGCCGUGGCGCGGCUCGAGGGCCGGGAGUUCGAGUACCUGAUGAAGAAGCGCUCGGUGACCAUCGGGCGCAACUCGUCGCAGGGCUCGGUGGACGUGAGCAUGGGCCACUCGAGCUUCAUCUCCCGGCGCCACCUCGAGAUCUUCACGCCCCCGGGCGGCGGCGGCGGCCAUGGCGGGGCGGCCCCCGAGCCGCCGGCCGCGCAGCCCCGGCCGGACGCGGGCGGUGACUUCUACCUGCGCUGCCUCGGCAAGAACGGCGUGUUCGUGGACGGCGUGUUCCAGAGGCGCGGGGCGCCGCCGCUGCAGCUGCCGCGCGUGUGCACGUUCAGGUUUCCAAGCACAAACAUCAAGAUCACAUUCACUGCCUUGUCCAGCGAGAAGAGGGAGAAGCAGGAGGCGCCCGAGUCCCCGGUGAAGGCCGUGCAGCCGCACAUCUCGCCCCUGACCAUCAACAUUCCAGACACCAUGGCCCACCUCAUCAGCCCCCUCCCCUCCCCCACGGGGACCAUCAGUGCUGCCAACUCCUGCCCAUCCAGCCCCCGGGGAGCGGGGUCUUCAGGGUACAAAAUGGGCCGAGUGAUACCAUCUGACCUCAAUUUAAUGGCUGAAAACUCGCAGCCAGAAAAUGAAAAGGAAGCUUCCGGUGGAGACAGCCCAAAGGAUGAUUCAAAGCCUCCUUACUCCUAUGCACAACUAAUAGUACAAGCGAUCACGAUGGCUCCUGAUAAACAGCUCACGCUAAACGGCAUUUAUACGCAUAUCACUAAAAAUUACCCGUACUACAGGACUGCGGACAAGGGCUGGCAGAAUUCAAUUCGCCACAAUCUCUCUCUGAAUCGUUAUUUCAUCAAAGUACCACGUUCCCAGGAAGAACCAGGCAAAGGCUCAUUCUGGAGGAUAGAUCCUGCCUCUGAAAGCAAAUUAAUAGAACAGGCUUUUAGGAAAAGACGGCCUAGGGGCGUACCUUGCUUUAGAACCCCUCUGGGACCGCUCUCUUCUAGGAGUGCCCCGGCCUCUCCCAAUCACGCCGGAGUGCUGUCCGCUCACUCCAGCGGGGCCCAGACCCCCGAGAGCCUGUCGAGGGAAGGUUCGCCGGCACCCCUGGAGCCUGAGCCUGGCGUCUCACAGCCCAAACUCGCCGUCAUCCAGGAAGCCCAGUUUGCCCAGAGCGCACCAGGGUCCCCGCUGUCCAGCCAGCCAGUCUUAAUCGCCGUCCAGCGACAGCUACCACAGGCAGUUAAGCCUGUCACCUACACCGUUGCAACCCCGGUGACCACCGCCACCUCCCAGCCACCCGUUGUGCAGACAGUUCACGUCGUCCACCAGAUACCAGCAGUGUCGGUCGCCAGCGUGGCUGGACUGGCCCCAGCAAACACGUACACUGUCGCCGGACAGGCCGUGGUCACUCAGGCGACUGUGCUGGCUCCCCCCAAGGCCGAACCGCAAGAGAACGGAGAUCACAGGGAAGCGAAAGUGAAAGUAGAACCUAUUCCCGCAAUUAGCCAUGCCACAUUAGGCGCUGCUAGCCGGAUCAUUCAGCCAUCACAGACCACCCCUGUCCAGACGGUCACCAUAGUACAACAGGCACCUCUAGGUCAACACCAGCUACCAAUAAAAACUGUAACGCAAAAUGGGACACACGUGGUACCAAUCCCCACUGCGGUCCACGGCCCGGUGAACAAUGCAGGGGCCCAGCCCAGGUGUGUGCAACCUGCUAUGUCGUGUGAAGGUGUGGGCCGUCGUGCCACGUGGGCUGAUCCUGGCGCCUGCAGGACAUCAAGCAGUAGAAUCAGAGGCUCCCAACCCAAACUGACACUCUGUGCCACAAGCAGCGGCAAGUCCUUUGCACAUGCUGGCGGCGCACGCGUCAGCCUCGGCCUCCCUGCCCACCAAGCGCCAGAGCGGCGGCCCGCCAGAGCAGCCGGAGCUGAAGCGGGUCAAGACGGAGGACGGCGAGAGCAUCGUCAUCGCCCUGAGUGUGGACGCGCCGCCGGCAGCCGUGAGGGAAAAGGGCGUCCAGAACUAGCGACAGGGAGAGCUUUUCUGACUUCAAAAUAUCAACUUUGUGGUGCCAAAGGGAGACAUUUCCUCUCACCGAUGCUCAGCGCGUCUCCCGGUGGGUAAAGGGCCCUGCGGUUGGACUUCACCUCUCAGCACUGAAAUACAAAACCCAGGCGGCCUUAAAACUCCUUAAUUUAAAGACAGAAAUCGCACUUGAACAAAAUCACGCACAGCAAAACUGGGUCUGGAGGCGGUGUGUCCGCCGCCGGCACUCGCUGUGCUGCCGCUUCUGGGCGCAGCUUUUAACUGCAAGUGAAAAAGCUCACGGUCCUUCCGGACGACGAGCUCCUCCGUGUGAGGACGGCGCGGCCGUCGGCGCCUGGUGCGGGCGAACCCCCGGCGCUGGGCCUCCUGGGGCCCAGAGGACCCACCGGCGGGCGCUGGGAGGCCAGACAGUGUUUCGUUGUUCUCAUGUGGAAUUAGAAUAUUUCGAGGUGUACUUUCUUCACAGAAUAAUGGGGUCUUUGGCAUUUCACAUCACUCCAUUUCUGCUCUGGAAAUUUUGGAAUCACACAGAACUUCUCGUGGAUUUCAUUUGGGGAAAAGAAACAGCAUAGUUUUGUGUUCUGUUGUUUGUUUUCAGCCUAUGGAGUGAUUUACUUUGUCCUGUUAAAGCUCGGAUGGAGCUACCGAUGGCAGCUGCAGGCUGUCGGGCUAGAGCAGCUGCCGAUGAAUUCACCCCCCCUUCAGCGCGCGGGACGGGCGCGGUGCUGCGGCUGCACGAGGCUGGGACUCCAGGGACAGGCCUGUGACGGGACGAGCUGCGACCCAUCCCAACUGCACUUACUGUUACCUUUCUUGCUACUUUUUGUUGUUUGUUUCUUUGUGUUGACUUUGUCCCUGGCAAAAUAUUUUCACUCUAAGUAAAACCAGUCUCCUGAGUAUCGUGUACGUGUAAAACGCAGAGCCAUCACUGCUCCGUUUGGAAACAGGUUUCUCUUACCACUCACCUUUUCAGACAGACCACGGCUGUCUCUGUGGCACGCGUGGCGUUGCAGGUGUCCUCACCAGCUCCAGCGUCGCCCGGCCAGCUGUCCACUGAUCACGUUGCCGUCCUCCCUCCUCGUGGCGGGGUGGCAGGGUGGGAGCUGCGUGUCACUCCCAGAGUCUGCGCGAGGCCCCCGAGGGGAGGUGCUGGAACGUGUAGGCCGAUUUGCAGUGGGAGCUUCCCUGGCCUUUCGGAGCAGACUCCAGCACGAGGGCGACGCUCCCGCAGGAGCCGGAGGGCGCGGGAAGGAGGCAGGUGAGAGAGGGAAGGCGGGAGGCCCCGCGCGGCCUCGGCCCAGCUCCUCGGGAAGAAAACUCGCCCUCCCGGAGCGCGCCGGGCUGGCCGAGCAGAGCGCAGACAGGGCUCUCGCCUUAUUGUGAACUUGUAAUGUCAUCAUCAUAACGUUAUUUAUUUAAAUGUAGUUAUUUUGGUAUUUAAUUUUUUUUAAAGAGGAAAAAAAAAACCUGUAUUUUCCUGGUGGAAUGAAACAGCUCAGAGUGGUAUAUUUAGGCAAUUUUAAAACAUUUAUUAUUUACAUAAAGACCAAAUAUGAUAAAUCUAAGCAUUGUGUGUCAAUCCACGGUAUGGGGCUGUCACGUGUCACUGCAGAUGCAUAUUAAAAGUAUGGAAUUCGUGCACACUAGCUGGAUUAUGACUCAGCCAUUUUAAAAAUAAAAGUGAACCCGUCACUCGAAUGAGACCGUGUGUGUGACAAUGCAA